GCAGUGAUGUGAGGCUAAGCAGCAUAUGAGGCUGGAAAGAGAAGCUCCCUUUUUUUCAUGCUCGUUUUACUGAGUUCCUUAUGUAAUGUAGAUUUUAUAUAACAAUGGCUUGAAAAUAUAUGUCACAGGCGCACCACGGGCUAUGCAGUGCCGAGCACUUAUUAGUCACUGAGGCACACACUCAUACAGACACAGGAGCGUGCACACGCUCACUCAGCAGCUCCAGCAGAGAUCUGCCUUUCCUGGCGAUGCUCAGUCUUGACUGAUAACGAUGCAGUUCUGCAGGAAAGUGCUCUGCAAGCCAUGUAGUGCCAGAGUCACUUCACCAGAGGAGGACAUGGAAUACAAGAUGGGGAGCUGCAUCGGAAUCUCACGAAGACAGGCCGAAGGUCACGCUGAGAGUUUGACCCGGAGGGACGACAGGGCGCUUCUGACCGAAGCCUCGAGCAGCCAGCUGAGUCUGCUGUCUGGACCAGACCUCACAGUCAUCACCGGAGUGGAGGAGAGCAGAGGUGCAUCUGGAGACCAGGACGAGCUUGAGUUUCCACAUGACCUGCUACCCAGUCUAGACUUCAGCAGUGAGUUCAACAUCUGGGAGUCCUCGUUGGGAGCUCAGACUAGCUCAGGUGAGAGGAAAUGUGAGCAGGUGAACCCCCUGCUGGCGGGCCUGCAGCACCACAUUGAAGUCAGUCGACCACUGGUGGUUCUAGAUACAAGGCCUCAUGACAGCGACCCAGUUCUCACAGAUGCUCAGCCUUCACUUCGGCCAGCUGCCGCACCUUACCCGGUUGUCCAACCCGUGGCCCCUCCCCUAUCGGUGCUCCUAGACCAGGAACUCCAAGAGGCCUUCCAGGAAUGUGAAGAACAAAUGGCCUCACUGGGCAUACUUAAUGCCAGAGGAACCCCCAGCACCACGUCUGAGACAGUUAACGAUGUAGGGAAGAAAACUGGAGAAGGGAUGGUUAAUAAAUCCAAUGAGUCAUCGUCACUGCCUCCAAUUGCAGUCCAGCCAGGACACAGCAACGGUGUCCAUGGAAACAAGAGUACACACGGAGACAGUGAGGCAGCAAACAGUCAGACGGAUACAGUUGUGUUUAGUUUCAGGAAUUACAUAUUGGGCACUGGGAAUAGUGCUACGGCAGCAAAGACAGAGAGUGAAAUAAAAGAAAAACAGAGCCUGGAUAAAUGUCCAGAGAUGAAGACAAAAAAAGAAAUUAAGAUAGAGGAGCAGGAAAAGGAAACACCCGCACGUACACAAUUAGAAACAACUACAGAUUUAUUUAAAGAUCUCGUGUUCUCUGAGCAGAGAGACAAUUUUAGAAAGGAACAUGUCAAUUCUAAUGCAGCCAUUGAGGAACAUGGCACUCUAGAUUGUAAUACAGUGAUUAGGGAGAAAGGUACAGAGGUAAUAACAGAGAUUAUAGAUACAAAGAAAGAGAAUUGUGCUGAUGAGUCCAGUAUUAACGUUUGUAUAGUUGAAACAGGAGAGACAGAUGAUUCAGUCAAUAAAACACCAGAGUGCAGUAAAGAUGCAUUAACAGAGACAACUGCAGGAGCAAACAAUUACAGAGAGGGAGAUCAGGAGUCAAACACAGACAAAUGGAUGAACGUAUGUGACAAACAGGCCGGGCAGGAGAAAAAGGCAAAGAAGAAAGAAAAAAAGAAACAAAGGAAAAAGAAAAAGAUAGAAGAGAAGUACGCAGAACAGAAACAGAAAGCAAAGACAGUAGUACAACCUGAAAAUGAUUUACAGGCGGUGUUUCUCAAGAAUGCAGGAAAUCACACAGAUUCAACAGCAAAUGUCGAAUCAGUGACGCAGGCAGACGCUCCGACUGUGAUUUGUGGGGAGCAGCCUGAUAAUGGGUUUGACUGCAAGCAACAGCUGAGUCCCGGGGGAAAGCACAGCCCCAGCCCCCCACUAUCAUCAUCCUCUCAUAGCAGGCAGGAUCAUCUUACUGACUCGGUCUGUUCACCUGCCUCCAACCAGAGGCCUCAUCAUUCAGAUAACCACAACCAUACGGACGCCCCAUGUGGCAUUAAUCACAGCUCAGAUGAAAGCCCACAGCGGAAGCAACAUGUAACCGGAGGUGUCAUCGACAACCAAAAUACACCCAUGACAUAUGUCCAAACUGCAGUUAUCAAUCCAGCUGUUUGUCCUGAUGAGAGAUCAGAUGCACAAACACAGGAGGCUAAAGUUACCUCAGAAGCAGCGCUACUCACACAUGAGAAUCACAGCCCACUCUCCAACACCCGAACUUGUGUGGGAGCGAGCGGCGUGGAGAGAGCCCUUGAAGAGUCUUUAGUGGUGGUUGCUGCGUUGCCACUGGCAACACCCACGAUGCCAGAAGUGAUAGAAAGCAAGGGAGAGGGAGAAAGCGAGAGGCGUGAUUCACUGGUGAGAGUAGCUACUGUAGCAAUCGCAGAGAGUGAGAAAGCAGUAGGAGAGAAAGAACUGGGAGGAAUAGAAAAAGGACUCCUGGACAGCCUUCCUCAGCACGCAUUAAUCUGUUCACAGGGCAAAUGCUCACUUGCAUUCACAGCCAAAGAGGGAGAGGCUGCAUCUGAGGAAAGCUGCAGCAGCAAAAUGCCACACAACUCGGCUGAGACUGAAAUGAAGGGACCGAGAGAGACAACCGUCCGCAGUGCAGACACAGAGAUACCAGCUGAUGAGGGAGACAAAGAAAGAGAGGCUCUCCGUUUAGAAGCCUAUAUCAAUACUACUCCCUUUGGGCUACUCACUGGUCCUGAUUGUCUGGAUCAUGGCGCUGCGGGAUUGGAGGGAGGAGGAGGAGGAGGAGGAGCAGGAGCAGGAGGAGGAGGAGAGGAGGUGGGAGAGAAAGGAGGGCUGGCCAGAGAGCACAGUUCAUUCAGCCAGCCAGAAGGCUAUGCUAGCGGGGUGUCAUCAGCUGGGACUGAGACGCAUCCGCCCACCGAUGUUGCCGAGUCACAGCUGAGGUCGCAGAGCUGGAGUGAGCCGAUUGCUGCCAUCUCUGGGAGUAUCUGCACUGAACAGGACCGUCUCUCUCAGCCCUGCCAGGAGCAGCGUGGAGCAGCAAUUUUACCUCUCCUCACUCACCCUGAACGGAGCUCCAGCAUUACAAACGGAGGGGUAAGGGCUGAUCUCAAACAGAAUUUGAUUGCAGAGCAAGCCCUGUCUGUGGGACACGCUUGUGAGGAGUCAUCCAUCACAGAGACAGAGAGAAUCUGCAGCCAAGUCUUCUUGCCUUUAAUCACACCUCAGCAUCUGACUACUUCACAACAAAUCCCAGCCGAGCGACGAGCGAGCAGCAAUCAACAGGUCCAGCCUGAGAGUAGCACAACAGAAACCAGGACACCCGAAAGUGCAGCUGAGUUCCAAGCCCAGAACCAGAGCAAAAGAGGUGCUAUGUCUGUUGUGGGUGUGUACGUAUGUGACAGCAGUAGAGGCAACAACAGAGUUCACUUCGCGGACACUGUGAAACAAGAAGGCAGUUCCUCUGUGGAUCUCAGGGACAUGUCGGUGUCGGCUAUGGGCUGCGCCUCUUUGCCUCCGCUGACUGUAUAUGAGAGCUUGCACCAUCCUGUGGUUGAGGCCAGCUACACCUUCCCAGACUUUCUUGGCUUGAAAAAGCCAGAAAUCCCUACAAAUGCAGCUCGUGCCACAGAUGAACCGGCAAAACAGAGCUCAGCCGACUUUCCAAAGCCACAGAAAGAUGUCCAUUUGGAUGAAGGAGGUACAGGGACUAAAGUUACCAAGGAGAAGAUUAACAUCGAUCCGUCAGGUCACGACAACUUGAAGUCAAACACUAUGGAUUUACAGUCAGUGGGCGAGGCCCGCUCAAAACAGCCCCCAUGUGCUACUGAGAAGAAUCAGACCGGUGACCUUUCACAAACAGCAGAAAGAGCCACCUCUGAGGCUGAUCAUUCAACAGUUGAACAGGUGUCAGCGAAGAGGACAAAGCAAUCAGAGGCGGAAACAGAAAAGGGUGCUGUAAAUCUGUGUUUGUCGACUGAGAAAGAGAUAGAUAAGAUACAUGCUGAGCCUCAGGAGUCACCUUUAAUUAGUGAUGAAGGUAACCAACAUCCUCUCUCCUCAUGUUCUGUGCGUCCAGCUGAUGAUGUCACCUGCAAGCCUUUAAGUGAUGUCUCUGCUGAGUUAGCUGGUGGGCAGCUCUCUACAAACCUUGAGUCCUGUUCAAAAAAUGAAACUGUGACCAUGACCUGCGCAGCCUCUCUUCAAACAAAGCCUAGUGACCCCAGUUAUCAGCCUCCCACCCAAUUGGAUCAAACACCUCGUCAUGAACUAGUUACCACAGAUACCAUGACGCCCACAGGUCACUCUGCUGAUCUGACAAAGGAUGAAUCGGCGACUUCAGAAGUGACAGUCUCUGACCAGUCAAUUCCUGUUAUCGAGCAAUGUUCCAGUGACUCUUCUUUAGUACUGCGGCGUCCUGGCCCGAUGUUGAGUCACUUGGAGUUCAUUACAGACUGUGAUAUCUCUCUUCCUGAGCACACAGAUAACUGCGGCGCUGAUGGUGACAGCACCAAAGUCGAGGGAGAGGUUGAUGGCAACAAGAGCAGGGAAAUGACACAAAUGUCUUUAGCACAGGAUCUGGAGCACGGUGAUGUCAGCGUUAAAGCAGAUGAGACUUGUUCGAAACUGAAGGACGAAAAUUAUAUUAUGGAAUCUGUCGCUGAACUUGAGAAUUCUGCAGCUAACAAUGUAAAUAUGCCAUUUCCUCAAGACGGAAAUCUGUCUCCUCCUCAGCCACCUGGUGCAGAGGAUGUACUGGCAAAGGGUGGGUCCGAUAAUGUAAUUCCUCUAUCUUACACUAAGCCAGGCUCUAUUGGCAUUAAACCUGAUAUUUUCGAUGCCUCCAUUACAGAUGAUCUCAUUAAUAUCAGCUGCCGACGCAGCUCUGACCUGCCUACCAAAGAGGCUUAUGAUGACAUUAAAGAAAACGAUAUGAACGAGAAACUGGGAGAUCAGACCUCUGUGCUGUUUGCAGAGGAAAAGAAAAGAGUUGAGGAGGCGACAAUGGAUAAUCAAAAGGAAACAGCAGACAGCAGCAAGCUGCAGACAGGAAAGACAGGCAAAGUACCACAACGGUGUAAUGGGCCAGAUAAAGAGGCUGUAGAGGAAAUUAAAGACCUGCAGCCACCACAUGAAUAUAAAGUUCAAAUGACUGAAUCAACAGUAAUGGACAUUAAGAAUGAAGGAGAAAGAAAGAGUGGCAUUGCAUCUAAAAGCCAGACAGAGACUUCUUCCUUACCUCCCGCAAAACCUGUAGGGUCACCUGGUGAUGGACUAAGUGCUAAUGUAGAGUCUGGUGUUGAACCUCACACUGUUUACGACCUGAGUUUGCGCCAAACCCCGACAGCAACACUGGAAUGCAGCUCCGACAGGGACACAGGACUAGAUUUGAGUGCAGCUCUUGGCCAAUCACAGUCCACACCAGAGCCAAACUGUUUUGCUCAGCAACAGGAGCAACAGCGGUGGCGUCUGGGAUCCAGACAUCCCACAGAGGAAUUAUCAGGUGGCUGUCUAGAGUGGGGAGAAAAGACUAACAGUCAGGUCGGGCAGAUCCAAGCACUAGCUUUAGGGGUGAAAGUGGUGGUAGAGGGAGGAGACAGCUCUGUUUUGAGUUUGUGUCAGUCAGGAAACAAGGAUGAGUUGACAUGUGAUGACAGCAGUGGCAAUGAACGAGCUACGGGCUCAGAGAAAGCCAAGGGAGAGGGAGCUCAAUCUGCAGCAGCGGUUGACAGGGUUUAUGUGCCGUCUCACCUUGCCAGUGAUUUUAAUGAGAGUGGAAGGACGGCUGAGAGAAAUGCCUCGGCUGACAUGGGGAGAGUAACAGCUUGCUCUCAGGUAGGUGAGAUAAGACAGCGGGUGGAUGAGAAUGAACGCGCCGCGUCAGGGGUAGUUGGGUCAGAUACAGACACUGUGUGUGUGAGUGAUCUAGUUUGUAAAGGUCAGCAAAAAGGCAAUCUAUCAGCUGCCUGUCAAGACCAACAUGAAAAACCAGAGACCUCAAAGAACACUGCUGUAUCUGUUGAGUCAGCAUCACAGGAACCUGAGACAUCACCUAUCCAAACGUCUGUUUCAUCAAAGUUCAGCACAGACAGUCAAGGCAUUCAUACAGCAGUUAUUACAGGUGAAAACCAGGCUGGAGAAAUUCAGACAAACCUAUUCAGUACUCUGGUUGGGCAAGCAGGAUCUCUGGAAAAGGAUUUCAGUGCUGCCCCGGCUGUGAAAAGCAACAGUGGUGAAACUGAGGAGUGUGAAAUUCAGGAUGCAGUGUGCGAGCCUCACGAGCUCCAAAGCUCCAAUAAAAUGACAGCCACACAAAGCAGCCCAGGAGUACAAACACCCAUAAAAGGCCCUGAUGUAGAGGAGAUCACAAAGGAAGAUAAAGCAGCUUUGGACGAAGAGAAAGCAGGCAGCCAGGGGAAGGGACAAAUUGAGAUAAUAGCGAGGAACAAUGAAGCAAUGACAAAGCAAGAGGUCAUGAGUCAAACUGGGAGUGCUAAAGACAGUGGCUCCUUUGGUCUUUCUAAGGCAUCAGAAAAUGACAAUUCCCCCUGUGAAGGAAGAUCAGUUGGAAAAGCUCCUGUUGAACAAGGGUCUGUGAACACAGAGGCUGCCGAUGUGUCAGAGAGUCCUGCUCCUGGACUAACAGCCGGAAAACCAGAAACAAACUGGAUACAAGCUCUAAAAGAAGCUGCACACCUUUCUCAGAGUAAACAAGAGACCUCAAGACCCCUCCCAUCUCUGGAGUCUCCUCAACUAGAGUUUUUCACUCCGACUGAAGAAAUAGCUGCCCCUCUGAGACAAGAGGAGAUCCGACCACCAGACCGAGCAGCAGAGAUACCUCCUCUGAAUCUUGUGAAGAAGCCUGUGGAUUUUCCUGAACCUUUAAAGAAGACAGCAGAGCUCCUAGAACCAACACGGAGCACGAAAGUAGAGUUCCCAGAAAAAGCGGAUAAAGUAGAGCUACCAGAACCAACAGAGAAGACAGUACAGCUCCCAGAAGAAGCGGAGGAAGUAGAGCUCCAAAAACCAAGUCAGCAGAUAGUAGAGCUCCCAGAAGAAGCGGAGAAAGUAGAGCUCCAAAAACCAGCAGAGCAGACAGUAGAGCUCCCAGAAGAAGCGGAGAAAGUAGAGCUCCAAAAACCAACACAGCAGACAGUAGAGCYCCCAGAACCAACACAGACCACAAACAUAGAGCUCCCAGAAACAACCAAGAAAGAAGAAGAGCUCCUAGAACCAACAGAAAGCCCAGAAGAGCUCCCAGAACCAACAAAGACAUCAACAGAGCUCCCAGAACCAGAGAAGAGGCUGAGCCGUGAGCUGCCGGAGGAGCUAGGGGAAAGACCUGUAGAGGUCCUACCUGAGGAGCCAUUUAAAGUGCCAGCUGAGGAAACUGCAGAGACAGAAACAGUCCAGGACCCUGCUGAGGAGCUGCAGGACAGCAGGUCCUCCCUCGCUGAGCAGGCAGUGAGAGGCGACCGUGUCCCUGCCUCUCCCCCACCUCCUACCUCCGAAUACCACCUCGUGCCUGCCAUCCCUGCUCACCUCCAAGACACCACAGAAUUUCCCACUCCUCCUUCUACACCCCCGGAGAGGCACACUCCUGAAGCUCUACCAACCCCACCUGCAUCUCCCUGCUUUCCUCCUCCUCCUCCUCUUCCUGCCCCCACCUCCCCUCCAGUACCCCCUGCUUCCCAGUGUGAGGACCACUUCCCUGCUUCUGCACCCUGCCACCCUCCUUUAAGGAGUUCAGACUCUGAUGGAGCGUUUGAGACCCCUGAAGCCACAACCCCAGUGAAGGCUCUUUCUCCCAUAGAUCCCCCAACCCAGCAACUAACGUCCGAUGACAAAGUAGCAGACACAUCAGUGAGUCAUCCUGCCUCGGAAUUGUCUUCCGCUGAUGCCACAUGUCGUUCCCCGUCCAUUAUUUUUGAUGAGGACAAGCCCAUUGCAGCUAGUGGCCAAUACAACAUUGAGAUUACUGGAGAUUCAACAAGUCACAAUCUGACCCGCUCACUCAGCCUCCAGGGAGGAGAACUAGACAGUGCUAGUCUGUUGGACGGUUCCUCAGUGGAAGGCUUCCGUCCACAUUCUGAAUCCUUCAGCGUAGGCACCGAGAGUGCUCCAGGGACACUCCACAGGCCCAAGAAAGUCCAUCCUGGGUCUGUGAAGAAGAAGCCUGUUCUCAGACAGAACUCCAACCCAGAGAGUCCGAAGCCAGCCUCAUCCAUCAGCACCCCUGAGAGCAAGAAGCGCGCAAAGCCUCGAACUGCCAGCCCUCUCCAGCCUCAGGAGGAAGCAGAGCGGGGAUCUUCAACCCCCAGCCCUGGAGGAACCCUCCGCAGAACCAGGAAGAGCCGAGUGGAGACUCCUCCUCCCCUGCCGGAGGAGACCAACCACACCAGCCAAGAGGAGAGCCUUGUCAUCCCUGCCUUACCCUUGUGCCAGGAGGAUACCCCUCUUGCGAGUAGUCCAACAGGCGGAGACGAAUCCCCCAUCCCCCCUAGUACCUCCUACAAUUGGGAUCCAGAUAAUUUUGAGAGCAUCGAUCCUUUCAGCACUGGAGGGAGUAAAAUUGCCAAUUCCCCUAUCCUGGGUCGUAAAGGCCCCGUGUGUGCCCCCAUUGCUACCCCUCCAGAGAGUCCCUCUGUCUCUUCUGUAGAGCCGUGUCCCCCAGCUCCUCUUCAAGAGCCAAUCAGCAACCCUGAAGAGCAACCCAUCAUCCCCAAGCGUCAGUCAGUAAGGCUGGAGUUUGACUACUCUGAGGAGGGCAGUGAGGCGUCACACCAGGCCUCCCCCCCACCCAAGAGAGUGGGCAAGAAGCCCGGUGCGAAGAUGCCUCUGAGGAAACCAAAGCUGGGGCUGAAGAAGGCCCCUCAAGUGCAGACGGAGCAGCUGGACAACCAUCCCCCAGCAACCCACAAUGGCAACGAGGAGAAAAUCCCUGCUACUACAGACUCUUACAAGUUGGAACCUGACAAGUGGGAUGAACCCAACUUCAAUCCAUUUACUUCUAAGAAAGGCAUCGCCAUCUCCCCCAAACUGUCCCGGCCGUCUUAUUCCUUCGACACCAAUACCGUUGAUGACUCUGAGGACCCUUUCAAAUCCUCUAAUAAGAUGGCCAACUCCCCUCCUAAGGCCUCUGCCUCCUUCGAACUGUCAUCCAAUGACUAUGACAAUGAAAAUGACAACGACAACAUUGGGGAACUGGAGGACCAAAAUCAGAACAAACCUGGCAAGAAGAAGAAAACUCCUAUCAAAUCGAAGUCCAGGGGUGUGUCUUCUCUAUGUUGUCCGUUUCUUACUUUCAGAGUGAAAAGGUCGCCAAAGAAAUCCCCAUUGUCUGACCCAUCCCAGGAUCUUUCGCCCACAGAUGAAACUCCUUCCCUCCGCCCACAGGACGACCACGCCACAGACGAGGAGAAGCUGGCCUCCUCCACCAGUCACAAGUGGGCCGCCCUGCACGAUAUGGAUGCGGAUUUGAACUCUGACCAGCAAGACUUCCCUCAGCCAUGCGACCUCACUUCCUUUGUUAAUGAGAACAGUCUUCCUCCCCAGACUCCAGUGCAAGACUAUGAAAUUGAGUACAUGGAGAAGCUUGGCUCCGCUUCGCCCCCACUGUCUGUGAAGAAGCCGUCUUUGUACUUGAAGUUGGACUCAGUAUCUGACAGCUUAACCAAGAAUACGUGUGCACAUGGAUCUGAGCCCAGCUCCCCCUACACAGGGAGUUUCGAGGAGAUGGAGGCCCAGAUAACAGCGGGUAUGAAGACACCGGUGCUGAGCUCCCGGCCCGGUCCCGAGGGCUCCGCUGGAGACAAGGGCAGGAAGAGAGAGAGUGACGCACUCAGCCGAACACAGAGCACGGAGAGGGAUGAGCAGUCCCCUUACCAGGGCCCUGUGGAGGCCCCUGCUCCAGUCCCGGCCAUGCCUCUGUUAGACAGGCUGUCUGAGUGUGACGACCUCCUGCAGUACCUGGAGCCUGACCUGGCUGAGACCAACCCCACCGCAUUCGCCCAAAAACUACAGGAGGAGCUGGUGCUUGCUGCCCUGAGGAUAGAGGCUCUGCAGGUAGCCAAAACCAUCUCUCAGUGCCCCUCCCUCUCCACUGUAACCCCCCAGUCUCGACUCAAGAAACCCAGCACUCGGCGGUGGAAUAUCAACGGUUCACCCUUACUCAAACACAGAGACGUGUCUUCUCCAGGAGAGAGCGGCGUGUCCAAGAACUCACUGUACGCCAGGACCACCGACAGCUACAUCGAAGGGGAGAGUCCCCACCUGCCCAGAGAACUGGACCACUCGCUGGGAAUCGCGCGAGAGGAGAUCGUGACAAAGGAGAAAGAAGUGCUGGAGUGGCAGAGGAAGUAUGAAGACAGCCGACAGGAAGUGGUGGAGAUGAGGAGGAUUGUUGCAGAGUAUGAGAAGACGAUUGCACAGAUGAUAGAGGAUGACCAGAAAGAGAAGUCUCUCUCCCACCACACCAUCCAGCAGCUCAUCAUGGAGAAGGACCAGGCCUUGGCCGACCUCAACUCCGUGGAAAAGUCUCUGGCCGACCUCUUCCGCCGUUACGAGAAGAUGAAAGAUGUACUGGAGGGCUUCCGCAAGAAUGAAGAGGUUCUGAAGAAAUGCGCUCAGGAGUAUCUGUCCAGGGUCCGCAAGGAGGAACAGCGCUAUCAAGCCCUGAAGAUUCACGCAGAGGAGAAACUAGACAGGGCCAAUGGAGACAUAGCUCAUGUGCGGGCCAAGUCCAAGCAGGAGCAGGCCGCCCACCAGGCCAGUCUGAGGAAGGAGCAGAUGAAGGUGGAAUCUCUGGAGCGCACUUUGGAGCAAAAGAACAAAGAGAUCGAGGAGUUGACAAAGAUCUGUGAUGAGCUGAUCGCCAAGAUGGGCAGGAGUUAGCGAUCACACCACACCCAGGCCAAAUCUCACAGAGAAGAGGAGUGGUUGCGGGAAGACACAAACAAAUGUUUUACACUCUUCAAAGGACUGAUGGACAUUUAAGGCCAAAAUGGUCUCGGGGGUUAAAUUUCAAACUGACUUUGUGUAUACAGGAUCCACAGGAACGACUUCCCCCUAAUCACUCUGUACAUUUUUGAUGUGUCCGUGUAUCGUACUGUAUCAGGGGUCUGAUUUAAAGUUUAAGUAAAUGUAUCAUAUCACUAAUGAGUGUGUCUGUGCGUGUGUGAUAGUGGGAAAGCGAGAGCAUUGUUUGUCGGUUAAAUUAUCUAUAAUGAUGUUGCCAUGAAAGCCACUGAGGGAGAAGACUGUUGUCCCGUUCCUGUUGUUGUCUCCUCUUGAUACAAGAGAAAAGAUAAGACUUUGAAAAAGAGUAACAAGAGAUUUAGAUUAAUUUAUAAAAUUGUUCAUACACCACUAAGAGUACACAAACUAUCACAAUAUAGCUUACUGCAUGAGGCAAAGAAAGGAGAACUUGUAAUGUUAUGUGUUUGUAUAUACUGUAGGAAAUUCCAAGUAUGAAAAAGAUUCCUCUGCAUUUUUGAUAGUUACUCUGUCAUCCUCGGCACGCUUCCCUCAUGUGACCUUGUAGAUAUUUGUCAUACUUGUCAUAGCUUUCUCGAUGAAAAUUGUGCGACUAUUUUUUGGGAUUUUAUUUUGAUAUAAAGCGAACUAAUUGUGACCUUAUUCAGUCAUGACAGGAAUAAUUUAAUUUUGGAUGGAUAUGUCCUAGUUCUGCUGUGGUCGUUGUGUCACACUGAGGAAUAACUUUUCUGCACAGCUGCUGUACAGCAUCUGCUUACAAAGUGCAAUAAAAGAUGGCAAUAUA